AUGAAAGUUGAAUUUGCUUUACCUUCAGCUCUUCAAUAUGGUGAUUGUAUUGAAGUGAAUGGAAAAGCUGGUAAUAACAAGUUUUCAAUCGACUUAAUCUCUGAUUAUUUAGCUUUUGACCCAACUAUACUGAGUGAACAAGAUAGAACUGAUGAAUGUGAACUGCCAAUUGUUGAAACACAACCAUUGCAAAUAUUAAUAGAAACAACUGGUAGCUGGGAUAUUAAUGCUAAUUCACCAGAGACUAGUACGUCAUCACAUGGUAGUUCAGCGAAACGAUUUGGUUUUCGUGCCAAUGAAAAUUUUGUAUGCAGAGUUGUCAUUAAAACUGAAUAUUAUGUUGUUUAUCUAAACGAUAUGAUGUUAUCGAACUCUGAACACUUAGUUCCUGUAGGCUCUAUUAACGGUUUUGCAAUCGAUGGUGACUCAGCCAUUUCAACUAUAUUAUUUGGUGACUUAAAUGCCAUUGAAAAAUACAAUUCUAAACAUAUCGUACAACAUGUUCAAUCAAACAAUCCAAAAAUUAUUGAAUGUCGACUAACGUCUGAUGACUUAUUAGCUACUGUUUUAUUCAACGAUAGUGAGGAACAUUCAGAAACUUACGAUGACUUCAGUGAUAACCAUGUUAAGAAUAAUAAUAUCAAAAUCAAUGUUUUUACUGGUGUUGAACAUAACACUAAACAAGAUGAUAUUUCCAAUGGGGAAUUUACAAUUAAAGAGAAUCAUUUAGAUAGAGAAGAAACAUUGGAAGAUACAUGUACACAAAAUUUAAAAACAGGAAAUACCGGUUUUUUGUGCAAUGCAUCAAAUUUACUUCACUCUAACAGUGAAUUAAUAAGUCAAUGUCAUGACAAUAAUACAAACAAUUUUGUAAUUAAUAAUAACAAUCAAAAGUUAAGCAAUUCUAGCAAACUAAUUAGAGCUUCAUCAUAUCAAUUAGUAUUUGAUGUAGACAGUGAUUCAAAUGAAGAAAUAGACCGAAACGAUGAAGUAAAUGAAACAUCAAUAAAAACUGUUAAUCUAUCUUUAUUCACUCAGACAAGAGCUAAAAGUAUUCAAAAUCUAUUUCAUUUUCAUCAUAAUCAUAAUGAUAAUUUUGAUCAUAUAAAUAAAUUUAUUCAUGAAUCACAACUAUUAAUAUCCGAAGAUCAAGGCAAUAACAUUGAUCGUUUAAAAGAUACACUAAAUAUCUCAAUGAAUAAUUUAAUAUGUCAGAACAAAUCACUAGAAUCAAAAGACUUUAAUGGAGUGAGUGACUCAAAUCAAUUAUCUGGAAAAUUUCCAACAUCACAACUAUUAGGACUGGUAAGAGAAGAAUUUGAAUUGGAUCAAAAUAAUGAAGAAAGUAUUCAAACUAAUAAGAGCAAGUUAAAACAAGAAAAUCCGGUUGUUAAAAAUACAAAUGGAGUAUCUUGUCAUAUGGACUAUAUGUCUAAUUUUGUUAAAUCGAUAAACAAUUUAACAGAAGAUGGAUCAGAACUAACUAGAAGUACAAUGUUGAAUGGUGAAAAAAUAAAUGUAGUAAGUAAUCGAACAAGCGAAACUAUGAAUUCAUUAGAUAAUCAAGAUCAUAAAGGAUAUAUUAUGCCAAAAGAAUUAAAUAGUAUGACAUGUGAGUCAAAAAUACCCGUAUUCAGAAAUAAUUCAUCCAAUAAACAUACACCUAGUUUAAUAACUAGUGGAUUACAAGAAGUCAAAUUUAAACCUUUAAAAUCAGCCCGUAAAGGCAGAUUUCAUCCAGAUGACUGUUCAGUUUUAUCCUGCUCAGAUAAACAAGGAAUAAUCCAUUCUAGAAUUCCACAACCCUUAUGUUUAAUACCUAAUAGUAAUAGUAGUAAUAAUAUAGAUAAGUCACAUAAUGGUAGUCAACAAUUGCCAAUAAAUGAAUCGUCGAUAAAACCUGAUUGCAACAAAUAUCCAACCAAUAAGCAUUCUAUUAAUGGUAUGUCAAAAUCAGAAGUUCAAAAUGAUUCAAUUGCGAAGCUUAAUACCAAUAAAAGUGUAAUUAAUCGAAAUCCAUUAAAAUCAAGUCAGUCUGUUAAUAAUCGAAAAUCUUAUCCAUUAUUAAGUAAUGAUAUGAAAUCACUUAGCAACCCGGUGAAAAAUGGCACUGAUUCUGUAAAAGCAUCCUCAAUGAACAAAUCACCGACAAAAUUCACAUCUUCAUCGUCAUCAUCUUUGUCAUCUCCAUCAUCACAACCAUCAACAACGUCGUCCUCUUUAUCAUCAUUGUCAACAAAACUAUGCUCGAAUUCAGUUGCAAAACCAUUAUUACGUUCAAAUGGAUUAAAAAGUCGAAAACAGAAACCCAUUGAAACCAAUAAUAAAUCCACAAAUGAUCGACAACAAGAAAGUUUAAUGAAUGAAAAUCUUGCUAAAAUCGAUUCGACAACAAAAUUCAAGUCUACAAAUGAUAUAUCAUUGAGUUCAAUUUCAACUGAUCGAAAACAGAAAGAUUAUUUGAAUGUAUUCAAUCAAUCAAUAAGUCAACAGUGUAAGUUAACUAACCAAGUCAAUUCAACAACCACAAAAUUCAAGGAAAGGGAUCAGUCAGUACUAUCUAACGGACUACUACCUUGUUUAAAUGAUAAAGAACUGAUAAAUUGUACACAACCAUUAUGUGAAAAUAAGUAUAUUUUAAACAAGGUCAGUAAUAAUUCUACCACUACUGAUAAUAAUAAAAUGGACAAAUUUAAAGAUUGCGUAAAACAAGAAAACGGAUUGCACAAUGAAUAUUUAACAUUGAAUGAUCAAUCCAAUGUAAAUCACAAUCAUGAUUCUAGAAAUGAUGUAAAAAAGCAUUUAAAUGGUAACAUGAUAACGAUGAAAUCAAAAUUAACAGGGAUUGAUGAAAUCAACAAUUCAAAUAAUUUACAAUCUAUUCAAAAUAAUUAUACAGACAACAUUAGUAUUCAUAUUCAUGAUGAGAUGACGUUAAAUGUGAAAGAAAAUAAUGAUAAUUAUUUGCCUGCUUCAAUAAUACCAUCAUGUACACAGUCAAUGACCAAUUCAAUCACAAACACGCCGGGAAUAUCUAAGACGUCAACAAUAUUGACCGAAUCAACAACAAAUGGUGGUUUAUGCUAUGAGAAAAAUAAAAAUUCUAGAAAAUUUAUACAAUCCCCUAAAAAAUGGUUAACCCCACAAACAAGUCUACAGAGAGAAAACAAACAAACAAUAUAA